CGCACAUCUCCCAUCUCGCCUCGUUGCCACUUUCACCAGGCGUCUCGCCGAUCGGCAUCGGACAGUUGACGAGUGUUGCUUCAGCUGGCAUCGUGAGCGUCGCGACAUCCACGCCUGCGGCUCGAGCCCAUCGGUGCGGUCAAGGGAGCCAGCGAACUAGAAGAUGUCCGGAUUCGAGAAGGAGUCGCUCUCCCUCGAAGAGACAAACAAGCUCCGAAUUUCGCUUGGCCUCAAGCCGCUGGAGCCUGACUCGGAUGAUGAGGGUGACAAGAAGGGCUCCGCACCCGCAAAGGCGACCCCCACGGCCGCCGCUGACAACGAUGACGACGACGACGAUCCGCUCAAGAAUCAGGAUGAAAAGGCGGAGAGAAAUUACGCACGGAGGCAGGAGGAGCUGAGGCGGCAGAAGGAGGAGCAGGAGAUCCGGGACCGGAUUGCAAGGGCGCAGAACAAGCGCGAGCUGAGCCGCAAACUCAAAGGACCUACGCUCGGCGAUGCUGAGCCAACGGAGGGGGAUGGGAAAAAGGACGGCGAGACGCUCAAGUGGCUCAAGGCGUCGCGGAAACGGGCAAAGGAGAACGCAGCCAAGCGCAUGAAGGAGGAGGCAGAGGAGGAGGCUGCCCUGGCCCGGGCGGCAAAGUACGGGGCAGAGGACCUCAAGGGCCUGAAAGUGGCCCACGAUGUUGAUGACUUCGACCUCGAGGCGGGCGGUGAGGAGAGGGUGCUCACGCUCAAAGACUCCAAGGUCCUCGACGAUGGCGACGACGAGCUCAUGGACUCUGUCCUUACGACCGCUGAGCGCGAUCGCAUCAAUGCUGAGCGCAAGAAGGGUGCAAAGGAGUAUACUGGCCUGGACGACGAUGAAUUCGGAAUAGACCAGGUGGGCACGAAGAGAGGGGUGCUGAGCAAGUACGACGCCGACAUCGGCGAUGCCGCACACUUCGACCGCGGUGCUGACGGCAGCUUCAGACUGGGCGGUGGAGGCGAAGACGGCUCCGUAGUCGCCGCCUCUCGUCGGGAGAAGGCUGAGGAGAAGAGACGGGAAAACGACCGGAUGUUCAAUCGGACGAUGCUGAGCCUUGACUACGCCAAGAACAACGAGGUGUCCGACUAUCUCCAAGAGGGCGACGUCGGCUUCAAGAAGCCAAAGACAAAGAAGAAAAAGAAGAGAGAGACAGCGAGAGUCAAGCUCGAGGACGAGGACGAGGAAGGUCCAGGCUCUGUUCCUGCAACAAAUGGCGACGCCGAUGGUGAUGCCACGAUGGCUGAGGCUUCCUCCUCCUCCUCUGCCGCGCUCACAACGAGGACAGCGCCAAAGACGGAGAACUAUAUCGACGAUGACGAGCUUGCAGUCUCGCUGGCUCGUGCCCGCCGCGAAAAGGCAAAGAAGGCGUUCAAGAAGAUCACGCCAGAAAUGAUUGCGCAGAACAUGGCCGCUCAAAGGGAAGCUGAGGCAGCCGAAGAGGCCCAAAGGGCGGCGGCGACUGCCAUUGCUGGAGAAUCGAGCGAAGGAGCCAAGGGAGAGCAGGGGGAGGGAGGCAGUGGUGGGGGCCUCACGUUUGACGACACGAGCGAAUUCGUGAGGAAUAUCGAUGUGGGCCGUCAGAGCAGCCCAGAUGCGAGAGCGGUGAGGAGAAGGGCAGGAGGUGUCAAGCGGGAGUCUGCGUCAGCCGAGCCGUCUGUCAAGCUGGAGAACGGUACCUCGGCCCAGCAGCCCGACGACGCCGAAGGACACGUGGAUGCUUCUGCGCUGCUGCAGGAACCUACCACGAAGGUCAAGCAGGAGGAUGUGGAUGAGGAGGACGAAGAGAUGGGCUAUCCCGACGACGACGGACCUCCGAGCGUCAGCCUGCCAAAAUUGGAGGAGGAGGAAGAGGAGGACGACGAAGAGGAAGACGCAGGAAGCACUGCCGAGCCACUCGUGUCAGGCGGCCUGGCCUCGACGCUGUCGAUCCUCCGCAACCAGGGUCUGAUUCAGGAGGUGACGCCAGAGCAGCGUGCGCGCGAGCAGGAGCAGAAAGAGUACGACCACUGGCUCGCCGUGCGGCGGGCUGAGGAUCAGGUCAGAGCAGCCGAGCUGGCCGCGAGCAAGGCGCAGGGCUCGGCAAAGGACCAGGCGACAAGGGAGUACGAGAACCGGCAGAGGGAGCUCGAAGAUGCGCGGCGAGCCCAGGACAAGUUCCGCGACUACAAACCCGACAUUGACAUCAAGUAUCACGACGAGUUUGGGCGGGUGCUCAACAACCACGAGGCGUGGAAGCGGCUCAGUCACACCUUCCACGGCCGCAUGCCAGGGAAAAAGAAGCAGGAGCAGCGGCUGCAGCGCAUCGAAGAGGAGCGCAAGAGGGAAAAGAUGCUGGCCGGCGAUACCCCAAGCGGCAUGACAAAGGCUUUUGCCGAGCGGCAGGAGAGGAGCGGCCAGGCCCACAUGGUCCUGGGCGUUGGAGCAAAGAACAAUGCGCCGCAAAUGAUGGAUAUCCUCGGGCCCAAUACCGCCAUGAAGCCUGGCAGCAGUGCCGACAAGAAUGCCAAGGCAAAGGCAAAGGCAAGGCCGACGGCGGUCUCGACAUCGGCAGCCGCGCUGGGGGCUGUAGAUGGGCUUGCGGCCGAGGGAGCGAGAAGCUCGAGUGCUGGCAUCGCUUCGCUCCCUCGAUCCGUCGCUUCACCUGGUCCGACGGGAACUACCUCGAUGGCAGCGUCGACGACAACGGCAACGCCGACGAUUGGGACAACAAACGGACAAGGGUCCAGGCCGGGCAUGCGGCCAGCCUUUGCGCCGGUCAAGACGCUCUCCCCUGUUCCGCCUUCCUCCUCUACAUCAUCUCCUGGUGGAGGCGUGUCCUCUCCUCUGACAAAUGCUGCACAAGGGUCAUCAGGCACGGGUUUCAAGCUGGCCCUGAACAGCAAGCGGCCAGCUGUGGGCGGAGGAGCAAACGAGCCGGCUUCCAAGAGGAGGUAGAGACGACUCUGUAUUACUACUAGAAUUGCCGCUAGAAUUGCCAUUUUUCAAUUGAUGAAGAGGGGAGGAG